GGGGCCUCGGCUCCGCAACUGCCACUCCUCCUCGGGGUGUUGCACAAGUUUCGAGGUCACCGGCGACCCCCCAUAGCAGCACGCCUGGCUCUGGCCCCCGCGAAGGAGGACGGGGCUUGUGUGUUGCAUACUUUUAAGGCGACGUGGAGGCGGCUCCAUCCAGCCCGUCUGCUCCUCCUCAGCAUGGCUGCCUACUUGAGUGAAGCGGACUUUGUGAUGGUGGAGGAGGGCUUCAGCACCCGAGACCUGCUGGAGGAGCUCACUCUGGGGGCCUCACAGGCCACCUCGGGUGAUGUUGCUGCCUUCUUCGUGGCCGACCUGGGUGCUGUCAUGAGGAAGCACUUCUGCUUCCUGAAGUGCCUGCCGCGAGUCCGGCCCUUUUACACCGUCAAGUGCAACAGCAGCCCAGGUGUGCUGAAGGUCCUGGCAGAGCUGGGGCUGGGCUUCAGCUGUGCCAACAAGGCAGAGAUGGAGUUGGUCCAGCGUAUUGGCAUCCCCACCAGUAAGAUCAUCUACGCCAACCCCUGUAAGCAAAUUGCGCAGAUCAAGUACGCUGCCAAGCAUGGGGUCCAGCUGCUGAGCUUUGACAACGAGGUGGAGCUGGCAAAGGUGGUAAAGAGCCACCCCAGUGCCAAGAUGGUUCUGCACAUCGCUGCUGAGGACUUCCCGAGCCGCCUGAGCUUCCCGUUCGGGGCGUUGCUGAAAUCCUGUAGACACCUGCUUGAAAAUGCCAAGAGGAGCCACAUGGAGGUGGUGGGUGUGAGUUUUCACGUUGGCAGUGGCUGCCCUGACCUUGAUGCCUACACUCAGUCCAUUGCAGACGCCCGGCUUGUGUUUGAAAUGGGCACUGAGCUGGGCCACAGGAUGCACAUCCUGGACCUUGGUGGUGGCUUCCCUGGAUUGGAGGGGGCCAAAGUGAGAUUCGAAGAGAUUGCUUCUGUGAUCAACUCAGCCUUGGACCUGUACUUCCCAGAGGGCUGUGGCGUGGACAUCCUUGCCAAGCUGGGGCGCUACUAUGUGACGUCGGCCUUCACCUUGGCAGUCAGCAUCAUCGCCAAGAAAGAGGUUCUUCUGGACCAGCCUGGCAGGGAGGAGGAAAGCAGCUCCACCCCCAAGACCACCGUGUACCACCUCGGUGAGGGCGUGUAUGGAAUCUUCAGCUCAGUCCUGUUUGACAGCACCUGCCCUAGCCCCAUCCUGCAGAAGGGAAGCACUUCGAGGGCAGCUGCUGCCUGCAGAACAGGACGAGGACACCGAGGACAUGUGCAAGCCUCUGUCCUGUGGCUGGGAGAUCACAGACACCUUGUGCAUGGGCCCUGUCUUCACCCCGGCGAGCAUCAUGUGAGCGGACCCCGUUCCUCCUCACCCCCACCCCCGGAGAACUCCAGCGGGGCCGCAGAGAUGCCUCUGGGAGACUUGGGGAAGGCGGCGAGCAGGGCACCCUCUGGCCAGGACUCUGGGGCUCCCUCCGCCGCCUCCAUGCCCCACCUGUCGUGUUUCUGCCCUGUAAAUAGGACCAGUCUUACACUCGCUGUAGUUCAAGUAUGCAACAUAAAUCCUGUCCCUUCCAGCGGUGUCUGCCUCCUCUGCAGCGCAAGGGGCCUGGUCAGCCAGGUGUAGGGGUGCUCUUAGGGUCUCCCUCGGUCUCCUUCCCCCCUUUGUAAAUAUGAAGCAAAUAAAUACUGAGGUUUUUUUUUUUUUUAAUACUUCAGUGGAAUCUAGCAGUUCAAUUCACAAAGCAGCCUGGGCUAGACCUUACACUGAUGACCCCAUGCCCUCUUCAGUCCUGGCUGCAGCCUCUCCCACUGGCUCCCAGCUUCUGCAACUCAUCUCUUUUCUCUGCGUAGACCGCCACACCUGGUGUCAUGAGGAGGAGUGAGCUGUUAGGGGUUGAGGUCGGGGUCAGAGCUGCCUGCCACAUUUCAGCCCUGGAGCUGCAGCUCCUGACUGGUGAGGGUCUCCAUGUGAACCUAACACUCGGCUAAGACCUGGCCCAACACAGGGGUAACUGAGUAUCUGACAUGGCUUUGGAGAUACAUACCAAAGAUCAAGAGCACAGAGAUGAGUGUCUGCGAGGUCCUGAGGAGACCCGCACCCUUAGUCUCCCUGCAGGUCUGCAAGGCAGGACGUGGUUUCACUUACUCAGGCAGUAACUGCCAUGACAGGGUGGCCCCAGGGCACUGCCACAUCCAGUGCCAAAGGCCCUGAGAGUGAUGUCUUCUUGGCUGGAAGUCUAUCAUCAGGAUAAAGCCUCCAUCACGCUGCUAGGGUCCCAGGCUAUGCACCUGGGGGUGUGAGUUGCUUAGCAAAGGAGUUUAGACGUGGAGUUCUCCUCGCUGCUACAGGGGACUCCAAAGAUUUUCCUUCUGCAUUAAAAUGUUAUGCACGUGCCUUAAAAUCUACCCUUUCAAAGUGCAGAAUUCAGUGGUUUUUAGUAUAUUCACAGAAUCUGUACAACCAUUACUACUGUCCAACCCCAGAACAUGUGCAUUACCUCAGGAAGGAACCCUGCGCCCAUUAGCACUCACUCCUCAUUUUCCCCUUCCCCAGCCCCUGGCAAUCACUAAUCCACUUUCCAUCCCUACGGAUUUGUCUGUUCUGGACAUAUCGUUAGGAAUGUUUUUGUACCUUCACUUGAGCUCUCUCUGGGUAAGCCUGGUAUGUGGGGUAUUUUUCCCCCCACACUGCCAAGCGAUUCUCUGAUGCCAGCUGGGUAUCCCACAGUUCAACUCCAUUCUGACACGAUCCGCCUAGAGAUCACUUAAGAUCCCACAGGUUAAGGGCUCAGUCCUACAAGACUUCCCUAUUCCCCGCCCCUCUUCAGAUACCAAUCACCAAAUCCAGGCUGUAACCUGCGUUUGGACCAACAGGCUGUAGAUUGGAGGUUCCAAUGACCCUCUUCCUUGAGUUCAAUUCAUUUGCUAGAAUGGGUCACAGAACUCAGGAAAACACUUUUCUUUCUAUGUUACUGGUUGAUCAGGAAAGAAUGUAACUCAGGACCAUCCAGAAGGAAGAGCUGCGCAGGGCAAGGUGUGGAGAAAGGGCGCGCCUCUCUCCCAGCACGUCCAUGUGCGCACCAGCCUGGAGGCUCUCCAAACCCGGUCCUUUGGGUUUUUACGGAGGCUUCAUUACCUACGCCAGACUGACGAAAUCACUGGGCACCAGUGAUUGAAUUCAAUCUCCAGCCUCCUCCCCUCCCCAGGGUUUGAGGGUAAGAUGUAACAAAAGAUACCUUUGUUGCUCUCCUCACUUAGGGAAUUCCAAAGAUUUUUGGGAUCUCCGUGCCAGGAAUGGGGAUGAAAACAAAAUAUACGUUUAUUAUUGUAAUUCACAGUAUCAGACCUCAUCCUCCUGUCUCAGUGUCUCAGCCAGUCCUGGGUCCUGCGUGUGGCUCUGAGGUCCCCUGAUGGGGCAGUGUGCUCUGAGUGAGCUGGGUGCUUGUCAAAAGCAGAGCUGUCUUUUCGAGGCUGGGCCUACUUUCUGAUACUUUGACACUAAAUAGGCCGAACGGUCAGGACACCAAGAGACUCAGAGACCAAUCAGAAAGGGUCCCUCUGCUGCCCCUUGGUUAUCCCUCCACAAGCAGGUUUUACAUAUUACUAUGCUGGGCUCAGCCCUUAUCUAGGAGGCUGUUUCUGAGACUUCUUUCGUUUUGAUGCCCGAGUGGACCUGGCCCUGCUCCUGCUUUUCCAGAGAGGGAAGGAGAGGGCACACAGGUUUUCUGCUGGACGUGGGUGUCUGCUACGGCUGCUGGCUGCAGUGAGAUGCAGGCCGCGCUCGUUACCUUGUCUGAGGCAGGUUCGCUCGGGAGACGCUUCUGUGGCUUUUCAAGUGACAGCAGCUGGGAGGGGGUUUGAACAGAUUUCUCACCGAGCCUUUCAAAGGUUUCAUGUUCCAUUUGCUGCAAGAAAUGUGUGAAAGGUACUUUUAUGAGACAGCUCUAUACAGAAGUUGACGUGACUUACUUGAGAAUAAUAAAGUCGUUUCUUUUCA